AUGGGUUCCGUCGCCGACACACCAGGGACAGCAGCUCACCCUCUCGAUCCUCUGAGCGCAAACGACAUUCAAGCCACGGCAGCUCUUAUCAAGUCCAAGUAUGCAGAUGGCGCGGUGCACUUCAAAUCCAUAUCCAUCGUUGAGCCGCCCAAAAAGAUCUUACUACCUUAUUUGGCGGCUGAACGUGCUGGUGGAUCUGUUCUGCCACACCUUCCGCGCAAAACCCAGGCGGUUUGGUUUCUCCGGGGCAGCUCUGAUUUCUUCUGCGCGCUCGUGAACCUGGAUACGAGCCAAGUCGAGCAAUUGACAAGUCUGGGCAAGACAGGCUAUCCCAACUUUGAUGAAGAGGAGGUGGCUGAACUGAGACGUAUAGUGCCCGAGCAUCCUCAGGUCAAGGAGGCUUUGAAGAAACUGGAGCUCCCUGAAGGCACCGAGGUUGUCUGCAAUACGUGGUCUUACGGCUGCGAAAACGAUCUCGAGACCAAGCGAAUGGUUCAGUGCUAUCUGUAUUGCAGAGACCCGCGUCGCACCACAAAUGCAUCUAACGCAUAUGACUUUCCCCUUCCGAUUGCACCAGUUUUCGAAAACGAAACGUACCGUCUAGUGGAGAUCAUCUACCUCCCGACAGGUGCGGAUGCAAGAGUCAACAAAGAUCCAAAGUUCGUCCAUCAUAAAGCGAAAGAGUUCCAUCAUAGUCUCCGAGAAGAGCCUGUUCGAACGGAUCUAAAGCCUCUAUCGAUCAUUCAACCUCAAGGUGCCUCCUUCGCAGUUGACGGGCAUUUGAUCAAAUGGCAAAAGUGGCGCUUUCGCCUGUCCUUCAACUUUCGAGAAGGCAUGGUCAUCCAUGACGUGACGUUCGACGGACGGGAACUGUUUCACCGGAUAUCUUUGAGCGAAAUGGCAGUUCCAUACGCUGAUCCGCGGCGUCCUUUUCAUCGCAAAUCUGUAUUCGACCUGGGCGAUGUGGGCGCUGGAACUAUGGCCAACAACUUACAAUUGGGCUGCGACUGCCUGGGACUCAUCAAAUAUUUCUCCUUCUUGGUGAGCAAUGCUAAAGGCGAGGCGGUGCCCAAGCUCAACGCGGUAUGUAUGCACGAGAUUGACAACGGCAUUGGUUACAAACACACUAAUGACCGGAGCGGACUGGUAUCUAUCAUUCGCGCGCGAGUUUUGGUCUUGCAGUCAAUUCUGACGGUCGGAAACUACGACUACAUUUUUGCCUUUCAUUUCGACCAGGCCGCUGGGAUUCACUAUGAGAUCAAAGCUACCGGGAUCGUUGCCACUCAGCUGAUUGACAGAGGAGUCCGCGUUCCGUGGGGCACGACGGUCAAUGAGGGAGUUCUUGCCUCUCAUCAUCAGCAUGUGUUUAGCCUUCGCAUUGACCCGAACCUCGACGGAUCCCACAACACGGUUGUCUUCGAAGAUGUAGAGGCAAUGCCAGUGGAAGACGAAUUGAACCCUUUCGGCGUUGGCUUUGCCGUCAAGAAGACCAAGGUCACCAGCUCGGGCCAUCUUGACUUCCAGCCAAAUCGCACCUUCAAGAUCACGAAUCAGAAAUCCAUUAACCCAGUGUCCGGUGAGCCUGUGGCGUACGCCAUCACAAGCCCCAUGAAGCAGAUGCUGCUCGCGCACCCUGACUCCCAACACGCCCGGCGUGCUCGUUUCGCGACACAUCCGUACUGGGUGACUCGGCAUCGGGAAGGGGAGUACUUCGCCGCCGGUAAUUGGACGAAUCAAUCGAUUGCCUUGCCUGUCGACCAGGCCACCGAAGAUGGCACGGGUGAUGUGGCAGCGUGGGCGAACCGGAAAGACAGCGUGGAUCAGGAAGACAUCGUAUUGUGGCAUAGCAUUUCCCUAACCCACACCGUGCGGGUCGAGGACUACCCAAUCAUGCCGUGCGAGACUAUGCAAGUUUCGCUGAAGCCAAGUGGCUUCUUCGGAGAGAACCCGCUCAUGGAUGUGCCGCAAAGUAGUCAGUUAUCUGGCGGAAGCAAACUCUACGAAGAUCACGCAUGUAGGCGAGACACUUGA